AUGGCAGUCUCGAAGGAACGUUCGUCAUUUCGUCGAAAAUUAGCACUGAUUAUUGGCAACGACAACUACAAAAAACCAUAUAACAAAUUAAAUUAUUCAUUAAAAAAUGUUAAAGAUCUGACUGAACCUCAACCUGAUCAGUUGUUAGAUGAACCAUGGAAUGAAAAAAAAGAAGGCAACCUUGAAUCAAUAAAAAAAAAACAUGCACAGUAUAACACUGUUAGACUUCAUCCAUUACUUUGUCGUCCAGCAUUUGAUAUUUCUUUCUUUGAUAACAAAGGGAAUAAAACGUUUCCAGAUUCACCCAUAACUUAUCAAGUUGGUCCACUUGGAAGAGCUCAGACGUAUACUUCACCAGCUGGAUGGACGAGAUAUGGAUUGAAAGUAUUGGGCAAGUACUCAGAUGGCAAUUAUUGGUUGGAGCCAUUUCAAGAUCCCAGAAACUGGUACCGAGCUUUUCAUGGAACAAAACGUGCCUCAGAAGACGAUUUCAAGAAAUCUGAAGAGUCCUAUGAAGAAAAAUUUGCACCUGUAGAUGCUAUGGCUAGUAUCUAUAAAACUGGAUUUCGUUCGGCAAGAGUUGCUGCAUACGGAUCCGGUGUUUACUGUUCUCCAGAUCCAAUAUUUCCUGAAGUAGGCUACGUCAAAGCUGUUGAGUGCGAUACACAACAAGGAAAGAAGAUGUUCAAAUGUAUGCUGCAGGUAGCUGUCAAUCCAGACGGUGUUAAUUUUACUUCUGACAAGAGCAUCUGGGUCGUACCGAAUCCUGAAGACAUUCGACCAUAUGGCAUACUUAUUAAAGAUGCAUAG